GAUACUUCCACCCAUAACAAUUUAGCAAGUUUAAUCUAUUAUACAAGUUAUCAUGUUAACUACCAUUAGCAAACAGUAGGACAACUGUGACCUCCUUAAAAGGCAUUGUGAUUUUUGUACUAUCGCCUUACUGAUUAUUCUUGAAAUGUAAGCCCAUCUUUAAUACUUAACAUCCACAACAUCCACAAGUUAUAAACCUGCUUUUUGGUUCAUGUGUUCUUCAGUAACAGCACAACAAACCAGUGGUUAUAUAACCAAAUUUGGAGCACUGACAUGUGAGUGAAGGUCUGACUAGUCAGUCACCUGAAAUAAGGUUCACAAUGGUCCGUAGUGGAAAAAAUGGUGACCUUCAUCUUAAACAGAUUGCAUAUUACAAACGAACUGGUGAAUAUCAUCCAACUACACUGCCAAGUGAGAGAAGUGGCAUAAGAAGAGCAGCAAAAAAAUUUGUCUUCAAAGAAAAAAAGCUGUUUUAUGUUGGAAAAGACAGAAAACAAAAUCGUUUGGUAAUUGUUUCAGAAGAGGAAAAAAAGAAAGUCUUAAGAGAAUGCCAUGAAAAUGACAGUGGAGCUCAUCAUGGUAUAUCCAGGACCCUCACUCUGGUAGAAUCCAAUUAUUACUGGACAUCUGUGACCAAUGAUGUCAAACAGUGGGUAUAUGCUUGUCAGCAUUGCCAAGUGGCAAAAAGUACCGUUAUUGUAGCACCGAAACAGCACCUUCUCAAGGUGGAAAAUCCAUGGAGUUUAGUUACUGUUGAUCUGAUGGGGCCUUUUCAUACAAGCAACAGAAGUCAUGUAUAUGCUAUAAUCAUGACAGAUUUGUUCACCAAGUGGAUUGUGAUUUUGCCUCUAUGUGAUGUUUCAGCAUCAGAAGUUUCUAAAGCUAUUAUCAACAUAUUUUUCUUAUAUGGACCUCCUCAGAAAAUAAUAAUGGACCAAAGAGAUGAAUUCAUUCAACAGAUCAAUAUUGAACUGUACAGAUUGUUUGGCAUAAAGCAAAUUGUAAUUUCUCACGCCUCAGGAACUGUUAAUCCAACAGAAAGUACACCUAACACAAUCAAAGCAUUUCUCUCCAAACACUGUGCUGACCACCCAAACAAUUGGGAUGAUCACCUAUCAGCUGUUUCAUUUGCCUUCAAUGUAACUCACUUGGAACCUACUAAAAAUACACCAUAUUUUCAAAUGUUUAGUCGAAAUCCUUAUAUGCCUGAGACUUCAGAUGGUCUUCAUGAAGUGGAUGGUGAUAAUACAAGUAUGUUUGCCAAAAUUCUAGAUGCAAUUAAAGAAGCUGAUAAAAUAAUGGAGACUAAGACAACUUCACUGGGCCAGAUGGAGAACAACAAUGUGGAUGAACUAAAUAAAAGCAAGAUCAUUGUUAAAAAGAAACCCAAACAAUUAAAUCCAUUUCAUUUAAAAGUGGGUCAUGAAGUUUUAAGACAAAGGAAAAAUUGGUGGAAGGAUGGUCGUUUUCAGUCUGAAUGGGUUGGUCCUUGUGUCAUAGACUAUAUUACAGAAAGUGGAUGUGCUGUCCUGAGAGACAACACUGGGGUUAGACUGAAAAGACCUAUCAAAAUGUCCCACCUUAAGCCCUACAUAAGAGAAUCCAGUGAACAAGAAAGUCUUUAUCUCUUGCAAGGUGCAGUAGUGGCAGAUCAUGAUUAUAUUGGAUUGCCUGAAAUUCCGGUUGGAGCAUAUCAAGCAAAUAUUCUGGUGGAAGAUGCAACUAUUGGUAUAGUCGAUAAUGAAUUACUGACAUCAAGCAAGGAUCGUGAACUAUUAGAAUAUAGAAAUACGAAAAUCUCUCCAUUGAUAGACGAUCAUAGUACUCUUGAAAAGCAGACUUUCAGUCUGUUGGACUCAUCAAACCAGGUUCUUGAAUACUUAAGUUAGUAAAUACCAAAAUUUAUUUAAAGUGCUUGUUUAGAAUGUAUAAAUUCUUAAUGAUAUCUUAUUCAUUAAAAACGUUGUAUAGAAGUAUCUUGACACAUUCUUAAUGACUAUAUUCUGAAGGUUUAUUUUAUAGUUAUUAUCUAAAAUUAUGCCACAUUUGAAUAUCAGUAUAUGUAUAUAUGAAGGCAAAGGAAGCAUGUAAUAUAUAGAAUUCACUUUUUCUUCUAAAAAGAGAACAGGCAAAGCACCCCUACUUCUUGGGAAAUAAAUUCCAGCCCAAAUCUCUCAGACUUUUGUAUGGUUUUGGUACCGUUUCUCAGUUUUAAAUUUUCUGAAAUUCUCUACCAUUUAAACAGUAAGUUUGAACUACCUUGAAUGGAAUUGAUAAAUAUUGAAUCAACUGUAACAAUGAAUGAAAUGAAGCUUCUUUCUGUUUCAUUAGAACUUCUAAAAACACGAUUGUAUGAAAAAAUAUAGGGUUAUUUAAUAGGCUUUCACAGAAUAUUGGUAAUUUCAAAUUAUCUAUUUGGUUAGAUAGGGUCAGGAUUAGAGUCUGAAACUAUGUAUUGGUUGGGAAACAAUUUGUUUAUUUUCAUACUAUAUAUUAAAGAUAAAACCAUCGACCAGGCAUGGUGGCCAACACCUGUAAUCCCAGCACUUUGGGAAGCCAAGGCAAGAUGAUUACUUGACCCCAGGAGUUCGAGACCAGCCUGGGCAACACAGGGAGACCCCAUCUCUACAAAAACAUGUUUAAAAAUUAGCCAGGUGUGGUGGCAUAUGCCUGCCGUCCCAGCUACUCAGGAGGCUGAAGUAGGAGCAUUGCUUGACCCCAGGAGGUCGAGGCUGCAGUGAGCCAUGCUCAUGCCAUAGCUCUCCAGCCCGGGCGACAGGGCAAGACCUGUCUCAACAACAACAACAAAAGUAUCCGUUAAGAAUUUUUUCUGAAAUCAUAAAAUAAUCAUAAAAUAACCAGUAUCAAAGCUUUUAAACUGUAAUUUCGAUGAUAUUCAUAAAUACAGAAUAAAUAUUGUUCAAUAAAUAUUUAUUUUUAAGCACUAUGAAAAGAACUGUGGGAAAAGUAAAAGAUGAGUCAAAUGUGUACCUCAUUCUUAUAAAGGACUUACUGUCUGGUAAGUAAUAAACUAUGUAAGCCAUGUACAACACCAGUUAAGGCAUGCUAAAUUGCAGAAGACAGGAAUAGAUAAUGUACUUAGGGAGGCAAAAAGGAGAGAAGUUGUUUUUACAUAGGAAAUUUGUGUUUAUCCUUAUGGAAGAAGGAUCAUUUAAGCUUGACCUUGAAGAAUGUAUAGGAUUUGGUAAAUGGAUACAAAAGAAUUAGGGGAGAAGUAAUACACAGAAAUGGAAAAGUAUUGUAAUGAUUCAUAAAAAGGCAGGGCUUCUUGUUGUCUACACUGCCUCGGGUAUAAAGUGAAGAAGCAAGAUAAUGAGGGAUAAAGCUGAAAAGGUAAGUAGGAAACCUUAUGGAGAGCUUUGAAUACUAUUAAGGAUUGAUAUGUGCCCCUCCCAAAAUUUGUGUUGAAGUCUUAACCCCCACCACCUCAAAAUGUGACCUUAUUUGGAAAUGAGGUUGUUGCAAGUGUAAUUAGUUGAGAUCAUAUUUCAAUAGGCUGGGCUCUAAUACAGUAUUACUGGUGUUCUGAUAAAAGGGAAAAUUUGAACACAGACUCGAGUAGAAUGCCAUGUGAAGAUAAAGGCAGAGUUUAAGAUUAUGCUUCUAUACGCCAAGAAAUGGCAAAGAUUGCCAGAAAACCACCAGAAGUUAGGGCAGAGGCAUUGAAUACAUUUUUCCUCAUUCUUCAGAAGACCAACCCUGUCAAUACCUUAUCUCAGACUUUUGCCACCAGAACUGUGAGAGAAUAAAAUUCUGUUGUUUCAGCCA